AAAAGAUAUUAUAAAUGGCUGAUGUUUACCAUGAAGUAGAGAGGAUUUAAAUUAUCUAAAGUCAUAAUACAUAAAUUGCCUAUUGUAUAUUUGUAUAUUAUUUUAGAUGAGAAAUAUUAUGUGAAUUAUUCAUAGGAAUAAUAUGAAACAGCCAGCAGUCCUACUGUGAUAAAAUUUCUUUGUAAAGUCUUAGGCAUCUUAGCAUUAAUCUUGACAUUUAUUUAUUCAUUUAUUUUGAUUAGUUUUGCUUGGAGGUAAUUUCGUAAUUUAUUCUUUGAUCAUGAAAAUAAAGAAACCAAAGUAUUAUAUUAUAUUUUCUUGUUUACCUCUUUUAUUAUUGGAAUAAUAUGUUAUUGCUCAAAAUCUAUAAGAAUUGUAAUAAUUUAACUAUUUUAGAAACCUUUUAACUACAUUGUUUUUAUUGGUUUCACAAUAUCCAUAUCAAUUGUUAUCGGAAUGCCUAUUGGCUAUGCCUUAUCGAUUGAAGAAAAUGAAGCAGUAGAUGAAACAAAAGUAUAUGCUUGCGUAGGAAUGUUGUCUUUCUUCACAUAUGCUAGUAUUUUUGCUUUUUAUUUAAAUGUGAAGAAAUAGAGAGACGAACUAGCAUUUGGAAGUAAGAAAUAAAUAUAUAUAUAUUAAAAGACUCUUAUUUAAUUAUAAGUAUAGCCUAAAUUGUUGUAGCAGGGAUAUUAUUUCUUGUAGCACAUGAAGAAUAUAGUACUGUAAUUUGGGUUAUUUUAAUCAUCAUGAACUUUUAAUUUAUAAUAUUGAUAUUAGAGUUAAUCUCAAUAAUGAAUGGGAAAGUAAAUUGAUUACAUAUCAUUUAAGCAUUAACUUAACACAAAAGACUAUUGGAUUGCAGCACUGCUGCUUUUGAUUGGAAUAACUAUUUUAUCAUUUAUCCUCUGUUUGCUUUUGUUGUUUUAUAUAUUGUCAAUAUUGUGUAGCAAUGAAGGAUGA